CAACUUCCAGGUUCUGGGCACAGAACAGAGAAGGCUCCCUGCUUCCAUCAAAUUAAUCCCAUUAAUUCCCGAGAUGGGGACUUGGUGAUUGGAAUCUAUUUAACCUUGUUUUCCAUUGAAGUCAACAGGAUAAGAGGAGCAGAACUGUUUGAAAGUCCUCCUAACAAAGGUUGCAAGUCUUAUCAAUGGCUACACAGAAAUUACCAGCAGGCACUGGCUGUCAUGUUUGCUCUGGAGGAGAUUAAUAGGGAUUCCAAUCUAUUGCCCAACAUUUCCCUGGGAUUCCACCUCUACAACACCUACCACAGUGAUGAGAGGACCUUGGAGAGCUCCCUGAGGUGGCUGUCUGGGCAGGGCCAGUUUGUCCCCAACUACCAGUGCCAGGAUCAGGAAAAGCCUGUAGCGGUCAUUGGAGGGGUCACUUCAGCUCUCUCCAUGCAGAUGGGGACCCUGCUUGACCUCUACAAUUUUCCACAGAUCAGUUAUGGUCCAUUUGAUUCCACUCUUAGUGACAAGGUCCAGUUUCCCUCCCACUAUCAGAUGGCACUCAAAGACUCUUCUCUUCAUCAAGGUGUUGUCCUCUUAAUAGUAUAUUUUAAAUGGAACUGGAUAGGUUUGGUUGCAACAGAUGAUAUGAGAGGUGAGGAAUUCCUCUGGAAAAUAAGAGAGGAAAUGGUAAAAAAGGAUGUUUGUGUGUCCUUCACAGAAAAGAUCCCUGUUAGUGAAAGAAGACAUAUGGAAUCACAUGAGACUUUCAUGCCCAGGAUAAUAGCGUCAUCAAGUAACGUGGUUGUCAUUCAUGGUGACACAGAUUCAUUAAUGAUUCUGAGAUACUCACAAAUGCCCGUGUUCCCUAUAGGGAAGGUAUGGAUUGCCACAUCUCACUGGGAUAUAGUCAUGAGGCCCAUCGAUGAUCAAGGUCAUGCUUUCCAUGGAGCUCUCACAUUUUCCUACAAAAUGAGUGAAAUACCUGGCUUUGAGACUUUUCUGAAGACAAUUGCACCUUUUAAAUACCCAGAUGAUGUUUUACUUAGGAGAUUUUGGAUUUCAGCUUUUAAGUGCUCAGAUCAAAUGGGAAAUACAGAACAAAAGAUGUGUUCACAAAAUGCUUCCUUGGAGACUUUGCCUCUGUGCUCUUUUGAUAUGGCCAUGUCUGGCUUGAGUUACACCAUCUACAAUAGUGUCUAUGCUGUGGCUUGGGCUCUCCAUGAAAUAUUUACAAGAAAAUCAGAGAAAGGCUCUGUGGGAGAUCAAGAAUAUUUAGUAUUUCAUUCAUGGCAGCUUCACUCCUCCCUGAAGAACAUCCAGUUUAACAACAGUGCUGGGGACCAGGUGUUUGUGGAUGAGAAUAAAAGAUCUGAGGCUCAAUAUGCCAUUAUGAACUAUUUAUUAUUUUCCAAUGAGGUGGAUAUUCUGGUGAAAGUGGGGCAAUUUGUCCCCAAGGCACCCUCUGGUCAAGAUUUCACAAUUUGUGAGGAUAUAAUAGUGUGGGGCAGCUCCUGGGAUGCCAAGGUUCCUCAUGGAGUAUGCAAUGACCCUUGUGGUCUUGGGUCCAGGAAGACACCUUUGGAGGGACAGCCUGUCUGCUGUUUUGACUGCUCUCCAUGCCCAGAAGGGGAGAUUUCAAAUAAGAUGGAUGCAGAGCAUUGUACAAAGUGCCCAGAGGAUGAAUAUCCAAAUAAACAGAGAGAUCACUGCCUCCCCAAGAUGAUCACCUUCCUCAAUGUGAAAGAGCCUUUGGGGAUGAUUUUUACUUCGAUGGCUGUCUCAUUCUCUUUCCUGACAGCUCUUAUUCUGGGAGUCUUUGUAAAGUUCCAAGACACUCCCAUAGUCAAAGCCAAUAACAGGACUCUCAGCUAUACUCUCCUCAUCUCUCUUAACUUCUGUUUCCUCUGCUCCCUGCUCUUCAUAGGCCAUCCUACCACUGCCACCUGCCUCCUACAACAAACAAUAUUUGCAGUUGUCUUCACAGUGGCUAUUGCCUCCAUUUUAGCCAAAACCAUAAUAGUGGUUCUGGCUUUCAAAAGUAUAAGGCCAGGGAGCAGGAUCCACAUGUUCAUGAGUCCUAGAUUGUCUAUCUAUGUUGUUCUCAUCUGCUCAGGGAUUCAAAUGAUGUUCUGUGGCAUCUGGCUGGGCACCUACCCUCCCUUUCCAGAGACAGACACACACUCUGAAUAUGGUCAUAUAAUCAUUAGAUGUAAUGAGGGAUCUGUCUUUGCCUUUUAUUGUGUCUUGGGCUACAUGGGCUUUCUGGCUCUGGCAACCUUUAUUGUAGCAUUCCUAGUCAGAAACCUUCCUGACACCUUCAAUGAGGCCAAGUUCAUCACCUUCAGCAUGCUGGUGUUUUGCAGUGUCUGGGCCUCUUUUCUGCCCACAUAUCAGAGCACCAGAGGGAAGGCCAUGGUGGCUGUGGAGAUCUUCUCCAUCUUGGCCUCCAGUGCUGGGUUACUGGGUUGCAUUUUUAUUCCCAAAUGUUAUGUGAUCCUCCUGAAGCCACAAAGAAAUACACAAAAACAAGUCAGAAAUAAUCAACAUUCUAAUGGCAAGAUUUUUUCUGGAGCACAGCCUUAUGCUUUAAGUUCUGGGAAUAACAGGUUUGAAGAUUAA